AUGGCCGAAAUGGUUGACCAUAUUUAUCGCCUUGAGGGGAAAUCAUCCCAUGCUUCGAGCCUCAGUCAGACCUAUGAACCUCACAUUCUUCGUGGGGCUUGGCUUCUCACUCUCGCCCGUUAUUCAGCGGCAGAUGUGAUACAAGUGAAGGACAUCGCCUCUGCUGGUUCUGUUGAGCUACAUACUAGCGCUGAUAGACCAAUCCAUAUAUUUCUGGAGCAGGUACGCAAGAACAUGGUUGGUGAUGCUUGCUUCACGUACGGUCCUGUACAAACGUACCCCUUAGCUGAGCGCUGCCUAAAAGCUGGCAAUAUCAACUUUAUGACGGCGAUCUGCCAUCGAACUGCAGAUUUAUCUCAGCUGGUUCCAUGUCACAUAGUAUUAGUCAUCAAGGAUCAUGGGGUCAACAUCUUUGUCGACGAAGCACUUUCGUCGAGCAAGCACGAUGCAAGUUUGCCGAAGCGCAUCAUGGGCCAGUUCGAAACUGUUGCGUCCAAACUUCAGGAGGCCAUACCCAAGUCACGCAUUGGCAAUAUUGACUUUAUGAGUCCUCAUGAUUGGGAGGUUGCCGCCAGAGAUGAGAUAGCACGACCCCCAAGGAAUCGCAGUACGCUGCAUACCAUGAUGUUGAAGAAUUCAAGCCCUGGCUCGCAGGCCAUAGAAGCUUCGGAUGGUAGCCUGACGUACGCAGAGCUUGAUUAUGCGUCCAAUAUCGUGGCGCGCAAGCUCCAGCAGGCUGGCGUCGCUCGUGGCUCUUACGUUCCUCUCUUCUUCGAGAAGUCCAGGUGGCACCCAGUCUCUGUGUUCGCUUGCUCGAAAAUAGGGGCACCGUGGGUGACGAUCCCUAUCGAGAUGCCUUCAGGCCGAGUACAAGCUAUUAUCGACCAGCUUCAGGAUAACGGUGGACGAAUGAGUCAAGUCUGCCUAAGCUCCGUCCGGCAGCGUGACCAAGCAGCCUCGUUUAUCCAUACGGUGAUCCAAGUUGAGGAAAAAAUAUGUUCUCCAACGAAAGCCAAUGGUGUCCACACUAACCACAUGGUACGCGGGCACAACGACUCGACGUCCCGAGCGGAGGAAUGGGGCGAUGUUCAGCCUGAGGAUUGCGCAUACGUGGUCUUUACUUCCGGAACCACAGGCGUUCCGAAAGGUAUCACAAUCUCACAAGAGAAUAUAUGCAGUUUCAUACCCUCUUGGAUCAAACUGCGUGGACAUCCUGGAGGUCCUGAGAUUCGAGAGGGCCAUAUCCUCUCCUAUGCAUGGGAUGUGAGUGUCCUAGAGAUCUUGGUGUCCCUCUGUACGGGGUCCUGCUUAUGCAUUCUUUCGGAAGAAGAGCGGAUCAACGACCUGGGUCCAUCUUUGGCACGAAACGGUGUAACACACCUCCAUAUCACACCAUCGCUUUCCGAACUGCUGGACCCUGCCGACCUCCCAGCACUUAGACACAUACACUUUGCCGGAGAGUGGACGACGCAAGCCUUAGUUGAUAGAUGGUUACCUAGAACAGAAGUGCUUGUGACCUAUGGCCCGGCCGAGAUUACCAACGAAUGUUGUGGACUACGCAUACUACAUGCAGCUGGCUUUGGCAAUGGGUGCAUCGGGCGACCAUUCGGGUCGCGCGUGUACGUGGUCAACCCCGACAAUCCGCAUCAGCGGCUGCCCCGAGGGUUUGUCGGCGAGAUAAUUGUCGAGGGCCCCGGAGUUUCAGCGGGAUAUCUAGGGAAUCCGGAGGCAACUGCCAACACCUUCGUUGACAACCUGACCUGGGCACCGGCCGUUGAUGGCCAGCCACGCAAGUUUUAUCGCACAGGCGACCUGGGCUAUAUAAAUGCAGACGGGCUGUUUUUCUGCCGAGGCCGGAAAGACUCGCAGGUAAAAAUCCGUGGGCAGCGAGUUGAGCUCUCUGAAGUCGAGCAUCACAUCAAGGCCUUCAUGCCCGGUGGAUCCAGUGUCGUGGUUGAUGCAGCUACGCUACGUACGGGCACCACAGCCUUGUCGGCCUUCUUACAGGUUGACAAUAGCAUGUUACCUGCCUCUCGAUAUGCUCUCGUAGAGAGCUUAAAGAGCCACUUGUCAGCGUACCUACCACCAGCAUUUCUUCCGUCUUCGUUCCUUUUCGUCGAUCGCAUCCCCUUGGGAAACACUGGGAAGGCUGAUAGGAAGAAGCUUAGAGCUAUGGCUGAAGCUGCUCCCAUGGAGCUCUCAGCAACCAAGUUGCUGGAACCAAACUCGGCAGAGCCUGUUGCGCUCAAUGCCUCCAAUGACCAGACCAUUAUCACCAAUGGCGGAUUAAACGACCUUGAGGAGCUGUUGCGAGAACUGUGGGCCCUGGUUCUCUGCUUGGGAGCGGACAAGAUUACUGCCACAUCCCAUUUCUUUGGACUUGGUGGCGAUUCCGUUGCUGCCAUGAAGCUGGUCUCAAUGGCCAAAAAGAAAUCCAUAUCUAUUUCUUCCGCUCAGAUCUUCAAGACCCCUACCUUCCAAGCACUUGUGGCGUCCAUAGAAUCAAUAUCACAACCGCCUCCAACUACACAAUCUACCUCGCCACAGAACUCGCAUGCUUCGAAACUUGCUCCGUUCCCAGCUCGACCAUUGCAAGCAGCAGGAACACAGAAGAGUUCGAAUGCCAUUAGCAAGUCCCCCACUCCUUUGGAUAGCAACGCCAAUGCGUAUUCCGGCCUUCAGGGGUCUGCUGGCGACGGUCAUAACUCUCUGCAAAUAUCGCCGAUGGCCAAGCUCGAGGACACGACGACACCAGCACUGGUUGUCAACGGCACAGGGAAAUCUGGCCCGACUAAACAUUCGUCCGAUCACGAGGCUCUCUUGAAUGGUGUACUGAAGGAUCGUCGUCAGGGCCCCGAGACACAAAAAUUCAAUAUGAAUGAGAUCGUUGCCUCAUGGGCCAUCGAGCCAGAAUGCAUCGAAGAUGUUGCUAGUGCAACACUGAUUCAACAGAGCUCUUUGACGCUGUCGCAUCUUGACAAUGCCAGAAACAUCAUGCAAUGGGAAUUCAAGCUCCCAUCCAGAACAUUGCAUCAGCGUCUCCUUGGCGCCUGGCAACGUGUGGUCGACCGAAAUUCCGUACUGCGGACACGCUUCUUCCAGUCGACAGCUGGCCUGCUUCAAGUUGUCCUCGCUGACGACUUUCACUGGGAAGUCCGACGUCGGGUUGCCUCUGCAGAAGCGCGCCUUCACCUGCGUCAGAAAAUGGCCAAGACUGAUGGUCAUCUGAGUGAUCUGGUCUUAUUCCAUGCGCCUGGCGAAGACAAACAGUCUUUGGUAUGGACUGUGCAUCGUGCCCUGGUAGAUGAGUACGCGGCGAAGCUGGUCAUGAAUGCUGUCGACAAGGCGUACAAAGGCCACGUCAUGCCACAGCUGGAAUCUUUCACUUCGUUUUCAUCUAUGAGUGCAAGCGCUCUGAUAACCGAAGCUGAAAAGGCAUAUUGGGAGACUACCUUGGGAAGAUGUCAUAGUGUUCUUUUUCCCACUGUUUCUGACCUCAACCUUGCGCGCGUACGUGCGACCGCCAGCCUGAAACGUGUGGUGCCUGGGUUGUGUCACGCCACCGCCGCCCUCUUGAGGGCCGCUUGGGCUUUGAUGGUAGCAAAGACGACGAAAACCAAUGACGUCGUUUUUGGUGCCGUUGUGAAUGGUAGGAAUGACAUGAGAUCGACGAAUGUGGUGGGACCUCUGCGUAACGUCGUGCCUGUGCGACUUGCAGUCGACCCAGGCGUACAAGUCAGCGACUUCAUCGAUCAGAUACAUAAAGACAUGGCUACUACCAAGGCUUUCGACCAGACGCCCAUUGCGCAACUGGCUAGUAUCAGCCCAAUGAUUCUUCGCGCAUGCCAGUUUCAAAAUAUCCUGGAUAUCCAAAUUUUGGGCUCCGAUACUGACGAUACUGGUUUCGAGGCACUGAGCUGGGCGGAAUCCGUAGAGCAGCCCUUUCAGGAGUCAACCCAUGCAUUGGCGAUUAGCUGCCUUGUUAAACCGCAAGGGGUUCACUUAGUUGCCCAAUACGACGAGAACAUAAUCAAAGGAGAAGAAGUAGACCAAGCGCUUGCACAGUUUACCGAUGUGUUGCAGAGACUCGCGUCUGCGCCGCCUGGGUCGACCAUCCAGAGUAUCUUGGGGAAGCAAUCAUCUGUCAGUCAUGUCGAUAUCGCCCAUAUCGAGGAGUGUAUAAGAAGAUGGCUGCCGAAGGAUGCCGAGUGCGCAGUUAGUAGCCUUGUGCCACCAAACUUGGCUCCAAUGCUCGUCGCCUUUAUCAGCUCGGAUGCCGAUGUAACAGAUUUGGCUUUUGCCAGUCUGACGACCCAGGUCUGUGAUAGACUGGAGGAGGAACUACCGGUGAACAUGGUCCCUUCGGCCUUCUACCGGAUGCCAAGUCCGACCCAGCAUAGAAAUCGGCCGGGCUCACAAGCGAACCGAACGGCACCGCCAACAUUUCCGGAGUGGGUUCUUGCGCAGCUCCCCGUGGAUCCAGCCGUUAUCCAGGACUUAACACCAGCAACGCCUUUUCAGACUGAGAUAAUAGGUGGUAUGAUUCAGACACCUGGCGCAGGGACUUUCCUUCGCCGGUACCCCAUCUUACCCGAGAUGGACUAUGACCGCCUUAGCAAGGCAUGGGAUCUCGUCUGCGCCGCGAUGCCGUGCAUGCGCACACGCGUCAUCUGGAGUUCCAAGGAGAAUUCCGGAUGCCUCGUUACGCUCUCAACGUCGACAGAGUUGGAAGUUGGCUAUUACGACAGCCUGCCGGCUGCCGAAGCAUGGAUCAACACACUGCGCGUCGAGGCGGGAACUCUAGGCUCAGCGCUCGCUCGAGCCGCGGUUGUCCACGUCGCCGGGCAUCCCCCUACCUUUGUCUACGCGAUGAGCCACUGUGUCUACGACCGCGAUUCGCUGGACGUCGUGUGGAAUGCACUAUGCGAUGGGUACUGGUCCGGACUGGUCCCGCAGACGUUAUUACCAUACCGGUACCUGAUGGAUCACCUCGGCGGCAUUGAUCUUGCACCAGCCCGGGAGUUCUGGAGCGGGUACCUAGACGGCGCCCCGCCCACCGUGUUCCCCACUAAUCCCGCGCCCGACUACGUGACCCGGCCUGCUAGCAGCGUAAGCCUUGCGAUCCCGUUGCUCCGGAGCCACGGCUCCGUCGUUACGACGGCGACUCUCGUGCGAGCUGCCUGGGGCCUCACCAUUGGGUCGUAUACAGGUUCCACUGAUGUCGUGUUCCGUGCUUUGCUAUCGGGGCGCACCGUAGACCUCGAUGAGAUCGACCGCGUCUGCGGCCCUACACUCACCAACGUCCCCAUCCGUAUACGCACCACUGACCAGAGCUUGUCCGUGGCGGAAUUCCUGGAGAAAAUCCAGGUGGACGGCGCCGAUAUCCUAGAGCAUGAGACGAUUGGGCUUGGCGCCAUUGCAGAGUUGAAUGCCGAGGCUGGUCACAUAUGCCGCAGCUUUAACAAUCACCUAGUGGUGCAUCCGGUGGAAGCACCAUCCAAGUCGCGGCCCUUACCGCUGGGACAGGAGUCCAUAAUUAUGGACAUGACAGGCUAUGUUGCCUUUGUGCUGACUUGUAGCCUCGACACUGAACAGGUAGUAGCCAGCACGAUACAUGACCCGGUGGUUAUAGAUGAUGUAGCGGCACGAGAAGUACUUGUCAAAUUUCAUGGUUUCUUAGCUGCCCUAGCGUCCGCCGAGACAAAGGGGGGCCUGACGGUCGGUGCCUUGAUAUCUAAGCAAGAGCAGAGCAGGUAG